CGCUAGGGUUUAACGGUCGCGAGAGCCAGCCCCUCCCCCCACCCGGCUAUUAGAGAUCAACCGCGGGACAGAUCUGCAGAAUGUGUCCGAAGUUUAGAACAUUCAUGUUUCUGGAUGUUAGGAACGGAAAAUGCUCCUAGACGAUGAAGCAUCUGAGGAUGAAUCAGAUUCAGUUUCUUCAGACAAUGAAGCUACCUUUUGAAAUAUGUGACAAUUCUUCAUUUUAAAUGAUAGCAACAUCCCUAAUGGACAUACAUUAUGGAAGAUUUGGACUUGGUGAAAACUAUACACGAAGCCUCUCCAUCGUCUGUAGAAUCUGAUGUCAGAAGUACUCAUCAUUCUGUUGGAUGUAACUUAAAUAAUAGCAGAAGUAGUCCCCUCCUUAGUACAAAUGGGGUAUCCUCUUUCUCAGGGAAGACAUCUGUAAUUCAAGGUGCAGUUGAAGUCCUAACCUCUUUUAUGCAAGAUCUACAAAACAGUGGAAGGACUGAUUCAGAAAUUUGGAGGAACUGUGAGAUCAGGUGGUUGCAAUUAUUCAGCUUGGUAGAGAAACAGUGUCAAGAGCAGAUUGCUGCCCAGCAACAGCAAUUCAACAGUCAAAUCCAACGUAUACAAGAGGAGAUCAACAAUUUAGUAAAACUGCAGAUCAACAGUAGUUUGUGGAACCCCUGCAAUGAAAACUCUCCCAACAAACUUGCAAAUGCCUUUUCUACAUUAGAAAGCCAAAUGGUAUUGUGUUCCGAAAUCUGUGAGGGAAAUGAGCACACUAUUAGCCAACCUAAAAUUAAGCCAAAAACUUCUGCUUCACAUCAAGAUUGUACCGUGGAUAGUAUUUCAAUGAGCAGCGGAUAUGGUACCUUUUGUGCCGCAGAGCUAAAUCCCAACCCACCGAAAAACACGAAAGAGUUCAUGGAGCGAAAAGAAGUUUCCAAAGGACAAGAUGAAGCAGCUGUGGCAUCGAAGGACCCAUCGAAAGAUAAUAUAAAAAACCAGAGCGUAUGUAUACAAACCAUUGAAGAGUUUGGUUCAUCUUUAAAAGAAGAUAUUUCUGUGUGUCCUAAUGAACUUGAGCAUAGUGUUGCUGACGAAGCUAAGAAUUUUGAAGAGCAACUAGGAAAAACCAACAGUAGUAAGUCUUUAACAUCAUGGGCACAAAAGUUGAAACAAAACCAGCCAAAAAAAGCACACGUGGAAGAGGGAGGUUCCUACUCUACGCAAGGAAACGAACAAGCCAAGAAAGCAACAAUUGAGAAUCCCGAUAUCACUGCUGAUACACAUCCUCCUGCCUUUUACCUCAGUAAACGAGAUGAAAGUCCAAAUUCUCUGAUGUCUGAAGCGUCAGGUUUGACUUACUGGAAGCUAGAAGAGAAAGAACUGUAUCAUUCAUUGCCAGAGACUUCGGAAAAUACACUUUCAAGUAUUUUCCCCUCAAAUGUCUUCCCAAAUCAGUCUAGUUCUGGAAUUGAAGUGAAGCUGCCAUCACUGAAAGAAAUUUAUCAUAAAAAGCAAAAGGAAAACAAGCAGCUCCCUGAAUGGAAUCUCUCUUCUGCUUCUCAUUUAAGUCAUCCUCCAGAGGUUUUAACACUGGAUCCAACGCUACACAUGAAGCCAAGUCAACAGAAUCCAGGGAUUCCAUCCCAAAGCCUUUUAAGUACUCUCGAUGACAGAAUCUCAUUUUCUCCAGACUCUGUGUUAGAACCCAGUAUGUCUAGUCACUCUGAGAGUGAUACGUUUUCCCAAGCAAGUAAUAUCACUUCCUCUCAGCUGGGUGGUUCCCCAAAAUAUCCUUCUAGUAUUCAAGCUUCACGCAUGGAUUCUUGGAAAAAUCAUGCAUUCCAAAAUGAAAGGAAUACCAGCCCUACUUUUCCCUUAGCAUAUACUCUUGCCGGUAAUGACCUCCUAAUCAACCCCGAAGAUGAAGAAAAUACCCUAAUGUUAACUCCGUCAUCAGCCAUUCAAUCACCAUUUCCAAGUGCAGACAACAGCUUACCAGAAGGCAGUGUUUCUGUGGCCUCCUUUGACGACCCAGUGAUGUUAUCUAAGAUUAGGCAGAACCUGAGGAAAAAACAUGAACGACACAUAGCUGAUCUACGGGCUUAUUACGAUGCAGAGAUACAUAACUUGAAACAACAACUGGAGGCAAAUAAUGUGGCAUCUGCGUCUGAAGAUUUGAAGAAAACCAACCAGAAUCUUAUAGACAGAUGUGACCAAUUAGAGAGUGCUUUGAAUGAAGCUAAUACUUAUGUGAGAACCCUUGAAAAUAAGAACAAUUUGCUGGAAAUGGAAGCGGCUGAUUGGAGAGAACGCUUUAAUGCAGUCAGUAGUGCCUCCAAAGUUUUGCAGGAACGAGUAGAAGAAAUGCGAAUAAGUAAUAAGGAAAAGGAUAACAGCAUCAGCCGACUAAAAUCUAGGCUGAAGGACCUAGAAGAAGCUUUUGAAAAGGCAUACAAACUAGCAGAUGAUAAAGAUGCUAGGAUAAAGCAGGAAAACAGAGUAUUUCAAAAUCAGACCACAGUUGGUCAAAGCCCUCACAAAAUCCCACCACCUCUACCAAGCCUGUCCCAGUUAAUUCCCAACACAAGUUUUAUCAACCCAGCAGCUGCCUCUAGCACUCAUCUCCUUGGAGAAUACGAAUCCCUUGGAAGAGAACAUGAAAGAGUGAAGGAUACUCUCAGUGCAACUGAGAAUAAAUUGUUUGACGCACAUACUCAAAUUUCUGAUUUGAAAAGAACAAUUUCAAAACUUGAAGUCCAAAUCAAGCAAGUCGAACACGAAAGUAUGUCCAAACUCCGAAAUACCAGAGGUCAUUUGAGAACAUCAAAUUUCAAGUACCAUUCUCCUCCGGAAAAGGAUUUCUCAUGUGAAGGUGACCGCACAACUUUAAUGGCAGAGAAAGAAAAGGAGACUUUAGAUACACCAAUUAUGAAAGCUUUGAAAGAAUUUGACGAAGGAAAAGCAUUUAAAAAUUGGGGCACGCAGACUGAAAAAGAGGACCAAUCAAUUAAAGCAUUAAGUAGCCGGCACAGUGUUGGCUUUGCUGAAUCACCUUUCAGUUCCACUCGGUCCCCAGAGAAAGGUAAAGACCAACAAAGGCCAAAGAGGUUCACAUCAUCGGCUGCACAUAGGUCAUCCUCUCUUCCGCCUUCAAACAGAAAACCUAAUACUCCAACAAAAAGAGAGAUAAUGCUUUCACCAGUGACCGCGACUUAUAGCCCAAAGCGAUCUCCAAAAGAGAAUCUCUCCCCAGGAUUUAGCCAUCUGCUUAGCCAAAAUGAAAGCAGUGUAAGUCGUAGAUUUGAUGUACUCUUGGAUGAUUUGGAUAGUGUUCCUGUGUCUACAAUUCAACAGAGCAGUCCAAGAAAACGAUUGCAGUUCCUUUCUUUCAAUGAUGUAGAAGAAAAUAAACUUUCAAACAAGGAUAACCAGGUGAAGCAUAGCUUUUGUGCUGGACCAUUCUCCAGUGGAAUGAAAAGAGGAUCUGUGGGGUCAGCCUGGGAGGAGACCACGUCAGUUCCCAACGAUGAAUGUACAUCUCUAUCAGUUACACCAUAUGGUGAUGAUUUCGAGUACACGGCAAGAAUUAGGACACUAGCUGAAACUGAGAGGCUUUUCGAUGAGCUUAUUCAAGAAAAACAACAGAUUGAAGCAGCUCUAAGCCGAAUGCCUUGUACUGGAGGAAGAAUGACUUUGCAAACAAGAUUAAACCAGGAAGCCUUGGAAGAUCGCUUGGAAAAGAUUAAUCGAGAACUGGGCUCAAUUCGUAUGACGCUGAAGAAAUUUCAUGUUUUGCGUACCUCUGCAAAUCUUUGAGAUUUGCAUUUAUGAAAAUUUGAAACGUUUUUGUUUGCACUAAUGGAUGAUUAUGCACUCUGAAAAUGCAAACUGUUUUGUACUCUUUGUAAAGCCUCGAGUAAUUUUGCAGUCAUGCUAUUCUUUAAAUUUAAUAUUUUGUACUUCAAACAGCCACAUAUAUUUUAAAGAUAUUUUUGUUAUUCUCAGGAAUCUGUUAGCUGUAUAUUUUACUAUUUAAAAAGUGUUAUUUUUAAAUAGUAUAUGUAUCCAAUUUAUAGGAAGAAUAAGGAAGUAUAAACAAAGGCAGCUUGUUUUCUAAACAAAUAACAUUAUCCUUUUACAGUUCACUUUGCACACCCUUUUUAUAGACUUACAU